GAUGACCCUUCCACGGAACAAAGGAAGCAAGAUAACAAAGGGCGCGGACGAGGAGCAUCAGUUGACCGCGAGAAGGAUCAAGCAACGCCGUCAAAGGGCAGAGGGAAGCCUUUCGGUAAGGGAAACAUCAAGUAAGUGCUGUGUGGGUAACCUACUCUACCCUCCAAGCAUUUGGACAACUAGUUGACAUAGAGUAUGGUCAAGGGGAGCUGAAAAAUAUGUAAUACUACUACGGUAGAGCUUAAAGGUUAACUAGCUAUUGCACAAACGUUUACUAAAACUCCGUUAAUAUAUUCCAUCCAGGAACCUCUUGGACCAUUUGAGAGGGAAAUAGACCGGGAAAGACCAAUAGGCCACUUGCACUAAGAGGUCACGUGACCAAUGCUUCCUUUAAACAAUGAGUUGGAAUCUUGCUGAUGCCAAAAAUUGUUAGAGGACACAAAAAUUAUCUCAAACCCGAGGUUUGAGAGGAAACGCAUUUAAGGGAGAUAUUUUAUGGCACUUUGAUUUUUCAGCAAAGUAGUAUGAUUUGUAUUGGCCGCCAUGUUGGAGGGCAUGCUUUUGCCCUCCAACAUGGCGGCAAAAACUACUUCUUGCUUAUAUCUUGAUCAACGUUUCAUAGUUACGCUCAGAUGUGCUGUAAACGUUAUCACAUCAUCUUUUCAACAUUUUCCUCAAAGAUUAAGUGCAAAAUUGGUGUUCAGAGAGAGGUAAUUCAUAAUUUUAAAAAUCACACUUUGGUCACGUGACCAUUUACGAACUUAUUCAUUUUAAGUAAAUGGUGCGGGUUUGAAAAACCAAAUGACUAUUAUUUUGUUUAAGAUAUGACCCACUAAUGGUUUUUCGAAGGAAAAAUCAUAUAACUUUCAUUUUCAUAAAAACGAUGUCACAUGACCUCUUACUGCAAAUGGCCUAUUAAUUUUCCCAAGGGCCGUUUGUUACCGGAGUUGAAACAUUUUCAAUUAUAUAUGCCGCAUAAUACUUUGUUGCUAUCAUGUCAAUACCAGCUCUUACCUUGUUAUUACUCUACAUUAUUUGAAUGAACUGCAAGAAAAUCUCUUACCAAUAUGACAACAGGGGGAAGUCACGUAUGGAUACGUUUUUUUAUUACACAGGUGGGACAAACCAAAACCAACGACGGGGAAGGCCUGGUCUAAUAAAACUGAAACCCGGUUUAUCGUCACAGAAAAAUACACGUCCUCUUCCUGCUCAGGAAGCGGCGUUACGGGUGAAAAUUGCCUCCUUCGACCCCAAAAUUUUGAAAGAGAAAGAAAGCAGCCAGGUAGUCCACGUACUGAAUGAGGGACUGCUUCAACUGAAAUUCCUUCUUCGAUCCCAAGAACAGCAGCACAACAGCGAUGAAUUCAUCUACGACCUUACAUACACUUUAGCAAGAGCCUGCGAAGCGCCAUCAGGCGAGAAUACGAAUAAGAUUUUAGCCUCACUAAAAGGUUCUGUAUUUUUGACCUCAAAGAUCCCCAGUCUUCUUAAUUUUGUUGAAGUAUCACCUUUCUUGAACGGUCAAAACUGUUUACAUAGCUUUAUCCAGUGUCUCAUCGUAAUCUUUAUGAAAUACCUUAACCACUUGCCUAGUUCAUACACUGACCUGCCGUACGCUCAGUUAAAAGCGGCCUUAGAUCAGGUAACCACUGAUGGAAAACACAAGCUACAGAAAGGGUUGGAUGCUUUUAAACAAGCAAGAGAUGACAUUAUUAGAGGCGAAAGGAAGAGGCAUGGAAAACGUUACAUCAACAGACUUGGAGAAAAUCCGCCAAACGAUUUCAGAGAUAUACCCAUUUUUCCCACUAACAAAGAAAUCACAAUUCAAGAAAGGCCAUUCUUACGCGAGAAUAUUUCCAAAGGAAGGUACGACAACGCUGAGCAUUACCUUGAUGUUCAGUAUCGGCUGCUUCGAGAAGACUUUCUUGAGCCACUAAGGGAAGGUAUUCAAGAAAUUAUCCGAAAUGUGCCAAGACACCAACGCAAGCAGUUGAUGAAAAAUUACCGCAGCGUACAAAUCAUUGGCAAAGAAUUCACGUGGGGUGGGAUCAUUCAUCAAGUAGCGAUCGAUGUUCGAGGAUUAGAUACCAGCAGGUGGGCAAAAUCCAAAAGACUCUUGUUUGGUUCAUUUCUUUGUCUUUCAAAAGACAACUUCAAAACGAUGCUUUUUGCAACAGUUUCUAACCGUGAUGAAAAAAAAUUGAGAAAAGGACGCGUCGAUAUUCGAUUUAUCGAGGAACAAGAUGUUUGGGGUAUCGAGAGCCGCAACUGUAUUUACCAGAUGGUUGAGUCCCCUGCGUACUUCGAAGCCUAUCGUCAUGUCCUAAAAGGUUUAAAGGAAUUAGAUGAAAACUCUUUGCCAUUUAAAAAGUAUCUGGUCGAGUGCAGUGCAGAAGUUGAUCCACCAGAGUAUCUAAGAUGUGAUGAGACUAAGGGCCCGGUAUGUUUCAAUCUUAGCAAGGCUCUUGGUGUCCCUGGUUUAUCACAUGCCACAGCAGUACCUGUUUUACAAUGUGAAGCCUGGCCUCCCGUCAGGAAACUAUCUUUGAACAGCUCCCAGCUCGAAGCACUGAGAACAGCAAUCACAACUGAAUUUUCUGUAAUUCAGGGACCACCAGGAACGGGAAAAACAUACGUUGGGGCCAGAAUCGUCAGAUGUUUGCUUGAGAAUCGACGGGUGUGGGAUCCCUACUUUAUCGCACCAAUGCUUAUGGUCUGUUACACAAAUCAUGCCCUCGAUCAGUUUUUGGAAAAGGUGCUAGAAUUCUUACCUAAAGAUAAAAUCAUUCGUGUUGGAGGAAGAUGCAAAAGCAAGGAUCUAGAGGAUUGCAAUCUGAAAAAUUUUACCUACCAACACAGGCUGUUUGACAAACGCGAUGAGGUAAGAGACAAGAUGAGUGAAAAUGGAGAAGUAAUGCAAAUGUGGAAGGAAAAGCUUGCAAAUGCAGACCGAGAAUUAUUGGAAUUCGAUGACUUGGAGGAGCUGUUGUAUCCAGCACAUGCGCAUCAGCUUUACAAUACCGUAUUUCCUGCUAACGUAGCAAUUGAGUCUCGAACUCCAGGAAACACCUUCAGAUUGUGGUUAUGUGACAACAAAAUGGUUGGUUCUUGUAACAGAACUUCAAGUGAACAAGCGCACCAUGAACAUAAUGAUGAAGACGAUAAAAUAUUUUAUGACUCAUCAUUAAUACACACACCACAGGAUGGCUAUGAAAACACGGAAUCAACAUGUGUAACAGAAGAUUCUACCAAAGGUUUUGAUCUUUCACAUGAAAGGAGCCUAAGCACGAAAGAAGUCGUCUUAGAGCCGGAAGAGCUGAAAGAAACCUCUCAUCAUUGUAUGCUGCAAAGACGUUUAUCAGUUGAGCAAAGCAACACGUUAACCAUGAAAUUACAGCCACCCUCAAAUGCUUCUAGAGACACCGAAGUCGAUGAAACUGAAAAUCUUCCAACAGCACAGGCAAAAAAUGACGAAGUAAACGACACUUAUGAAGAGACCAUAAGAAUAGAAAUGGAGGCUGAUUUAAUACAACAUCAAAGAUGGAUACAAGGUGACGAAGAACUCCAGUUGCCAAUAUUAAAGCCAAAAAGUGAUGUAUUCACACAGGAAAGAAAGCCAGACGAAAAAGAUGACAAAGGGUGGACAGAGGUAACUAGAAAGAGAGGAAAAUCUUUUCCUUGGAUGAAAACACAAAAACGUAAAGUGGAGCAGCAGACAGGAGCUAGCAAUGUGUCCGAAACGGACAAAACUAAGAACAGGAAAAACAAAAAGAAUAGAAACAACGAAAAAAUUUACAUCAAUGAGGAAAUUUCGUCUUUAACAGAGAAGCUAAAAAUGACUAAAAUGAUGUCGUUUGAGGAAGCAAUGAGCGUUGAUAGCAUUUGGAGUUUAUCACAAUCAGAUCGACUUAGAAUGUACCUCUUUUGGGUUGAGAACUACCGCGACCGCUACAGAGCAGAAAUUCACCGAAGUGAAUUGGAGUACGAACAGCUUUGUGAAGAGUUAGAGACAAUUAGGUUUGAAGAAGAGGAACAGGUCAUACGCCAGGCGACUGUAGUUGGAAUGACAACUAGUGGGGCGGCGAGAUAUCACUCCGUGCUUCGGAGAAUAGCACCAAAGAUAGUAGUGAUUGAAGAGGCUGCCGAAGUUAUGGAAGCUCACAUUAUCACAUCCUUUUCUAAACACACGAAGCACACCAUUCUCAUCGGAGACCACAAACAGCUCCGACCAAAAGCAACAGUCUAUGAGCUAGCCCAAAAGUACAACCUGGAGGUCUCACUGUUUGAACGAAUGGUGAUGAACAACAUGGAUUGUAAACACCUAUCUAUACAGCACCGCAUGCGUCCUGAGAUUGCUGCACUGACAAAACGAAUCUAUGAUCAUGACAUCACAGACCACGAAUCAGUCUGCCAUUUUCCAAACAUCUCUGGGGUCCGCCACAAUCUCUUCUUUAUUGAUCACAGCCAACCCGAGACGCGGAUAGAUUUCCUGCAGAGUUAUUCCAACCAACACGAAGCCGAUUUCGUUGUAGCCCUUUGUAACUACCUCUUACUACAAGGAUACGAACGAGAGCAGAUCACUAUAUUAACCAUGUACACUGGGCAGUUGCUACUUCUUCAAGAGAAAAUGCCAAAACAGAAAUUUGUUGGAGUGAAAGUUUGCGCAGUUGACAACUUUCAAGGUGAAGAAAACGACAUUAUUCUUCUGUCUCUAGUGAGAAGUAACGCAGAAGGUCGAAUUGGUUUCCUUGGCGAGUCCAACAGAAUAUGCGUCGCAUUAUCUCGAGCCCGCAAAGGAUUUUACUGUAUUGGGAACUUUAGUCAACUGAAAAGCCAGUCAAAGUUGUGGAAAGAUAUAUGUGAUGAUCUAACGACAAAGCAAGCUAUUGGUGACAAUUUACAGCUGAUUUGCAAAAGACACAGGAAUAUAUCAGGCGUCAAGUGGGCACGUGACCUUCAGCUCUGUCGUCUUGGAGGAUGCACCUUGCCCUGUGGAGAACGCCUGGAUUGCCGUCAUGCGUGUGACAGGCUGUGCCAUGCUUCAGACGAAUAUCACAUAGCGGGAUCCUGUUGUAAAAUGUGCGUCAACUCGUGCCCCAGUAAUCACAGAUGCCCGAAACAAUGUCAUUACCCCAAAAAGUGUCCCAAAUGCAAAGUUCCUGUGUUAAGGACCCUCACAUGUGGUCACAAACAGCCUGUUGAAUGUGGUAGCAAUCCCGAUAAAGUCCUGUGUCAAUCUAAAUGCGAGACGAUACUUAAAUGUGGACACGAAUGUCAGAAUCUAUGUGGUUCUCCAUGUACCGAGGAAUGUAAAGCUCUCUGCAAGAAAACUCUCCCAUGUAAACAUGAAAAACGUAUGUCCUGUCACAGAGAUCCCAGUGUUUAUCAAUGCAACAGCAGCUGUACUAAACGUCUGGAAUGUGGUCAUCCUUGUUCAAAGAAAUGCAACGAAACUUGUCAAUGCAACACUGAAAUUGAAAGGAAAUUGCCUUGCAAGCACAGGACAAGGGUCCUGUGUCGAGAGAAAGACUGUAAAAUAACGUGCAAGGAAAAAUGCAGUCGAACAUUAGAAUGUGGGCAUGGUUGUUCUGGAAUCUGCCAUGAAGAUUGUAGAUUGAAAAAAUGUUUUGUACGUGUUUCCAAAGACCUUCCAUGUGGCCACGAAGAGCGUGUUCCCUGCUUUCAAGACCCAAAAACUGUCUUUUGUUACGCUCCUUGUACACGGCUACGAGACUGCGGACACAAGUGUUCAUCUAUUUGUGGCGUUCCAUGCUACGAGGUUCAAUGUACAGAAUUGUGUCAAAGGAAGUGUAGGCGAGGUCAUUCAUGUCAAAAGCCCUGUCAUUUUCCUUUACCGUGUCAUUGCCCAGAAGUGGUAAACAGAUCGAUUCCCACAUGUGGACACAGCAAUAAAAUGCCCUGCCAUGUUGAUCCAGCUACUCUGAAAUGUGAAAGGCGAUGUGAGAGAGAGAGAUUGUGUGGACACCGCUGUGAAGAAAUAUGUAGUAAGAGCUGCGAAACUCGUCCUUGCAAGGUACCUGUAAUAAGAACUCUAUCGUGCAAUCAUGAAGUGGCUUUAGCUUGUCACAAGAACAGCGAAGAGUACAUUUGCAAGAAAGAAGUAGAGGCACAGUUGUCAUGUGGACAUAAGACGCUUGUGGAAUGCUGUGUCGUAAAGGCUGGGUUGGAAAAUGUCUCUUGCAAGAAAAAAAUUGAAAAGGAAUUGGGUUGCAAACACAAAAUCACUCUUCCAUGCUUCAAAAACCCUGAAGAGUGUAUCUGCCGAAAGAAAGUUGACUUAGAGCUUUCAUGUGGACACACCAAGACUCUUCCAUGCCACACUGUGACUACAGGAUUGGGAAAUGUGCGUUGUAAAGUUAGGGUAUCACGGAUGUUAGCUUGCAACCACGAAGCGACCCUUCCUUGCCAGAAAAAAACCGACGAGUAUCGCUGUCAGAAGGAGAUCGACAUUUCAAUCUCUUGUGGACACAAUAAACUCGCGACAUGGUCCGAUGCACGGGCUGAAGAACAAAGCGAGCAAUGCACGAUAUUGGUGGCCAAAAAACUACCUUGUGACCAGGAAAGCGAGAUGAAAUAGAGAUCGAAAUUUCAAUCUCUUGUGGACACAAUAAACUCACGACAUGUUCCGAUGCACGGGAUGAAGAACAAAGAGAGAAAUGCAAGAUAAUGGUGACCAAAAAACUACCUUGUGACCAUGAAAAGGAGAUGAAAUGCUCAGAUAAACCUGAAGACGUAUCGUGUAAUGUUCCCUGUGAACGUUCACUUCCAUGUGAACAUCCCUGCCUUAAUAAAUGUGGUGAGCAGUGCUCUAGUGUGAAAUGUGAUGUGGAAGUUACAAAGAACUUGAGUUGUGGAUUCCAUAACGUUAGCUGUCCUUGUUCUAAAGAUGUGUCUCAGCUUAUUUGUUCAAAUUCAUGUGCCCGAAUAUUGACAUGUGGCCAUAAGUGCCCUGGAAAAUGCUUUGAAGAAUGCAGCCAGUACGAGGAUAAAUGCCAAAAGAAAGUGACGAAGACUCUCAAUUGUGCAGGAAAACACUCCCACAAAAUGCUUUGCAAGGACGACCCAUCUAAAGUCGCAUGUCAAGAGCGCUGCAAACGGAAUCUGAACUGUGGUCACCCAUGUCCGGGACUUUGUAGUCAACCGUGUGAAAGUGUGAAGUGCUGGCGUCAAAUUGAGAAAAGACAUCCCUGUGGUCACAAGGAGUACCUAACAUGCUUUCAAAGCAAAAACGCAACCUGUAAGGCACCUUGUCAGCGUCGACUGAAAUGUAAGCACAAGUGUCAAGGUGUCUGUGGUGAGCCCUGCUCGAAAUAUCGUUGCGAUGUAGUCGUAAGUAAACCCCUCUCGUGUGGUCAUAAGGUCAAGAUGCCUUGUAGCCUAUCUGUUGAUGAUGUAAAAUGCCCUGUUCCGUGUAAAGAAAAGCUGCUUUGCGGUCACCCGUGCUCCGGACAAUGCGGCGACUGCAAGCAAAAGGGUUCACAUCCAUUUUGCCAAAACCCAUGCAACCGUCUUCUUGUUUGUUCACACCGCUGUCGAGCAGCGUGCGGUGAGCCUUGCCCACCAUGCUCGAGAAAAUGCGGUCGACACUGCCCGCACGAAAGAUGCAGCAAAAGAUGUUUAGAGCCAUGCGGGCCAUGUGGGAGACCAUGUACCUGGACUUGUCCUCACCACGAAUGUAAAAAUACAUGCGGAGAAGAGUGCGAUCGUCCUCGAUGUGACAAGCCCUGCCCUAAGAAGCUCCCUUGUCGCCACCCUUGCAUUGGUCUGUGUGGAGAAAACUGUCCCACUGUGUGUGCUACCUGUCAUGCCAAAACGUUUGCGUCAAUGAUUAGUCGUGAAACUGACAAAACAGAAUCCAUUAGAUUUCUGCAGCUUUUUGAUUGUGGUCACAUCGUGAAGGUGGAAGAGAUGGAUGCGUGGAUGUUUCGUGACUGGGGAAGUGAUGUUCAACUCAUUCAUUGUCCCAGAUGCUCCACGCCGAUCACCUUUAGUUAUCGUUAUGGAAACAUCAUUAAGAGGACAAUAAAAUAUAUUGAGAAUGUUAAAAAACAAACUUUCAAGCUUGGAAAUGAAACUGCCUGGGCGGUCAAAGGCCUUGUGGAAAAGCUCGAUCGAUUUCAAUUUGACGUACACAAGAUAAGGUUCCCAAAACCCUUUCUAGAGGGGGUUCAAAACUUCAAUUGGUGGCCAUUCAGUCCUAAUGCGCGAAGGAUACUCAAUAUUUCUUUACUGUACACUCUUAAAAAUCAUUUAAUUGUUAUGCAACAGAUUAAAAUGGAGCAACAAACAUUGCAAGAUCUGAUGAAACGAACAGCAAAGUCAGAAAAGUUAAUACUGGAAGUAAAACAACAAUUUGACACCAUUAAAGAUGCGCUGGAAAAGAUUUCAGAGUUCUUGAUGACCCCUGAGUUGGAGUUGAGAACCGUUAACCAAGUGUAUGAGCACACAAGGAAGUUUGCACUUUUCGGUUCAAUUCUAGAAGCCAAGUCCAAGGCCAUCAGGCACCAAAUAAAUUUCUCUAGUACUGGAAAAAUACGUUUGGAAAAGGCUCAAGAAGAAUUUGAAAUGUUUGUUCAUGGAAACAGCGACGCCCUUGACAUUGACUGGCUGGAGAGAACCGCAGGUUUAGUAAGGAAAGAGGUAAGAUUAACAAGGCCCUCAUCCCCGGAAGAACCCAAAGACUUUGAGAACUUUCCAGGUUUUAAUCGGGAAACAUGGAGAGUAUGUGACCAUCGCCAAGUGGUUUUCACCAUUUCACUCAUGCGCAGUGGACAAAGUGUUACAGAGGUGCACGGAACAUGCAAAGAGUGCGUUGACUUGGCAACAAAACAAGAGAAAUGA